AUCAUGAAAAAGCUUCAUUUAAAAAGAGGCAGUCUAGCGGACCGAUAAGCUCAACAUUACAGGCGUUGAUAAAUACUGAGAUAGCGUGCUUCUCACCUCUAUUUAGUAAGGGAGAUUCGUUCUAAAAUAUCACUGAAGUAGGCUAAAGUCUUUUAAGCCAGACAAAACUGUCGGAGGGUCACUUGCAGUAAUUCAGCUUCAUACAGAAACCUUCGUCGCCAUGCCUCUUACAUUUCCUGUGACAAUUUCCACAAGGGAAAUGCAUACCGCAGGGGAGGCGGUAAGGAUUGUAGAAAAUGGAUUCCCUGAAAUCCAGGGUCGGACACUUCUGGACAAGAUUAAUUAUAUGAAAAGCAAUUUGGACGAGUAUAGAAAACUGUUGAUAUGGGAGCCACGAGGUCACUUUGACAUGUUUGGGGUCCUGAUCGUGCCUUCUGAUAUAGAGUCCUGCGAUUUUGCAACUAUCUUCAUUCACAAUGAGGGAUACUCCACGAUGUGUGGACAUGUUCUAAUAUCCUUGGGACGUUACGCCAUCGAAAAGGGACUUGUUAAAAAUGUCACAGUUCCGGAAACCCAGAUAAACGUCCAGUGCCCCUGUGGACCAGUGACUGCUUAUGUCACAUAUGACGGCCAGACAACUGGUGCCGUCAGGUUCCAUAGUGUUCCAUGCUUCGUCUUCAAAGCAGAUUUACCAGUGGAGGUUCCGGGUUACGGUAACGUGGUGGUCGACAUUGUUUACGCUGGAGCUUUCUACGCCAUCGUGUCAACUGACCAGUUUGGAUUGUACGUCAGAAAAUCGUCAGUGUCUGAUCUAAGGACGGCCGCUGGGGCAACGACAGACAUUUUGAGGGCGCAGCUGAAGUUAGCACAUCCGGAUAUGGAGGGUAUGUCUUCCGUUUAUGGUACGAUCCUGACGGACGGAAACGACGCCUAUUCUGAUGAAGUCACGGACACUAUGUGUGUGUUUGCUGAACACGAGGUAGAUCGAUCACCAUGUGGAUCUGGGACCUCCGCUAGAAUUACUCUUCAGUUCUUUAAAAACAAAGUCAAGGUCAACCAGACCAGAACCUUUCGGGGACCUGCUGGUGAAACGUUCACAGCAAAAGUCGUCAAAGAGGUCAGCUGUGGAACAUACCAAGCAGUUAUCACUGAGGUGAAAGGUCAUGGGUAUUUUACUGGAAAUUCUACAUUCACUCUUGAAGAACAUGACGCCAGGGGAAGAGGAUUUUUAUUGGAUUAGAUACAUGUAGGAUGUGAAAACCUGGACUCAUAAAAGUCCGCAUACAUGUAGAACAGCAGGAAGGACAAAUAUAGGGUAUAUCACCACUCAAUCAUCCUAGAGAUUUAACGUCUGCAUUAUGUAUAGGUACAAUGAUUCUUAUUUUGGUGUACGCUAAUUGGCAGUUUUGAAAUCCAACACUAUGAUAUUUGAAAAGCAACACAAUUUAAACGAGAUAUAUAUUCAUUGAAUUUUACUGGAAAAACAAUACAUAACAUUGAAUUUCAUCGAUAGUAAUUUCAAAGGUGACUAUAACAAAACUUUAUGCUUUUAAUUUAUGCUAAGAUUAAACCUGAAGUAUGUUCUAUCAUAGUAACUUUUUUUUUUCUCAUGUACGCUUCACUUUCAUUUUGAUAUCAGCUUUCCACGUAUGAUUUAAUAUUGAAACUAAUAUGGAAUGUUAAUUCAAUUGUAUGUUCAUUAUCAUGGCUAUUUUUUUUUAAAUUAUGGAUGAGAAAAUGAAUGACAAUGUCAAUUUAUGAUGGAAUUGUUUAUAUCACAGCAAACCUCUGAAAGUUGAAAUAAAUUAUAUAUUAUAUUAAAAA